AUGUCUUUAACGACAACAACAACGACAACAACAAUAGUUAGUAAUGCUCAAACAACAUUUAAUGAUGUCUUCAAAAUGACAUAUAUCAGAUCAUUGAUAUUCAAUCAUAUUGAUCAAAUAUUCAAAGUAGAGUAUCAUGCAAAGGGAUGUGAUCAACAAUAUAAGGGUACCAAAGGAAGAGAUAUCAUUCAAUUACCUUUUCUUGCAAUGAUAUCAAAGUUUGCAAUGCCGUUGCAGUUCAUUCGUCAUUAUCUACCAUCAGACUGUAAUCAAGUAUUACUUGUUAGAAGAGUAGAGGUCAUCGAUCGAUAUUGUUGUCAUCGUAAUUAUAAUGCAACAACAUCCAUUGGAUACUCUCAAACAUCUAUUGGAGUGGUCACCAGAGCUGGUUGA